GAGGAGCAGCCCUGUCCGAUGUGCUGAGGAUGCUCCAGAGGCAGAUCCGAGAUCUCCAGCACAUCCCUGCCUGUUUGUUUGGUGACAGAAUUGCAGAAUUAAACCUGUGUUACCCUGCAGCAUCCACUGAGAAUGUGCUGCUGUAGGAGGGGUCUUGCUGAAAUACAAAAAUAAAUGGGCGAACUUUAAUUCCCAGGUGUUAAAUCUUUCCUUUCCACUCCUUAGGAGGAUAAAGUAAGACAUGGCAGAAGCAGUUUUUCACCCCCCAAAAAGGAAAAGAAGAGUUUUCGAGUCCUACAAGGCUGCCUUUCCUGUGGAUGUGGGGGGGAAGGAUUUCAGACUCUGCCAGGCUGAGAUCAUCAACAACAAUGUGAUUGUGAGGAACCCCGAGGAUAUUGAACAGCUCUACAACAAGGGCUAUUUUGGCAAAGGGAUCCUCUCCAGGAGCCGCCCCGUGUUCAGCAUUUCAGAUCCUCAGCUGGAGGCCAAGUGGAGAGGUGUUAACACAAACAUGCCCAUUAUUACAGCUCAAAAGUACCAGCGGCGCGUGCAGUGGGCUCGGAGUGUGCUGCAGGAGCAGGGCCUGGACAGCUGCUCCAUCAGCAGGAUCCUGGAGAGCUACACCCAGCCCCUGGGGCUGCCCUACUGCACAGGGGAUGGGGAUGGACAGGCUGGGCACAGCUGCACCACAGGGAGCACAGGAAAUGCAGAACUGGGCAGGAAAUGUGGCAGGGAGGGAACCCAAAGCCCUGAGAGUCACAGCCAGCACUCCCAGGAGGGAGGAGAUCCUGGGAGAGCCUCCAGGGCCCAGGAGCACCCCAGGGAAAUGGCUGAGGGCUCCUGCCACAGGGACCCUGCUGAGGGGAAGCAGAGCCCUGAGCAGAGGGCUUGGCAGGGGAUGGACUCAAGGGAAUGUGCUCCAGAAUAUGUGCUGGUGCAAGAGGAGGAGGAAGGCAGCUCCUGUCCUGAAGAUGACUCCACUCAUGCACAAGAGAAUCUUGUCAAGAAGGAAGUAUUAGUAUGCAGAAAAAACCCAUUUAGGAUUUUUGAGUACUUACAACUCAGCUUGGAAGAGGCUUUUUUCUUGGUGUAUGCUCUGGGAUGUUUAAGUAUUUAUUAUGGUGAGGAGCCCCUGAGCAUCGUGAAGCUGUGGGAAGUGUUCAGUGAGGUGAAGCCUGAUUUCAAAACCACCUACAUGGCCUACCACUACUUCAGGGGCAAGGGCUGGGUGCCCAAGGUGGGGCUGAAGUAUGGCACGGACCUGUGUGAGUGCCUCCCCAAAAAUGGGGUCAUUUCCUGGCCACCCCUCCUCCAGGCAAGGCAGAACUGCAGAGGGAGCUCAGUGAGGAGCUGCAGCACUGCAUGGAGCAGCCUUUGCUGCCUGCAUUGGCAGAGGGCAUUUGGGUUAGCAGUGAAGUUGGGAUGUGGGUGGAAAGGAACAUCCCAUAUCCAGGAGGUGAAGGGACACCUUGGAAGGCCUGGUUUGCUUCAUGAGGUUCAUAACUCCUACAGGAUUGCACUGAAAUUCCCUUCCCAACUUCCUCUGUCCUCUCCUAAAGACAUCUCCUGCAGUGUUAACAUAACAGGUUUGAGCCCAGAUCCCAAUCCACACUGAAGUUCAUGCACCUCAUUCACCCAGCUCAGAGCAGCUGAACUGCUGAACUCACUGCCAGGACUGUUUGUUUGUGUGGGGUUUGGGGGAGCUAGAGAAGGGACUGGGCUUUGUUCUGUUAUUGGUUGGGGGUUUAAUAUUCCAGAAGUAAUUAGUGGUGUCCUUGCUGAGGAACCCAGGAGCUCCAUUUGGCUCCUGUCAACAGAAUGUGAUUACAGAACAUGCAUUGAAGUCGGGUGUUUCUGGAUGUGAGUAACCCUGCAGGUGAUUCAGUGCUGCUGAAGUGGUGACACAGCUUGGGGGGUGCUGAGCAAAUCCUUGAGGUCAGGGUGUAGCUCUGGCUGAAUUCACCAUCCCUGCCAAGAAAUCCCAUCCUAAACUCUCUCCUACCAUUGCCAAUUCCUUUGGUUCUUCAGCCUUGCCUUUGGCCUGCCCUGCCCUGAGUCACUCUGCUGCUCCUCCCUCUCUCCACUUGCUGGGACAACCUAACUCUGAGCAGAAUUCACAAGAGUUGAGGUUUUUUUCUCAUGUAAUUAAAAUUUACAGAACAUUUGACAAUUUUGAUGGCCCUGGUGUUAAACCCAUUGUAACUCUGAUGUGACUGAGGUGUUUCUGUUUCG